AUGUCGAACCUCCUCAGUGCCGAAAACCUCAACGGUCGAUUACUCUUUGCUAUCCCCAAGAAGGGUCGACUUUACGAGAAAUGUCUCGAAAUCCUCUCUGGUGCUGAUGUCCAGUUCAAGCGUCAACACCGAUUGGACGUUGCUCUCGUCCAGAAUCUUCCCAUCGCACUUGUUUUCCUUCCAGCUGCCGACAUCCCACGUUUCGUAGGGGAGGGUAACUGUGACCUCGGCAUCACCGGGCAAGAUAUGGUUGCGGAAGCAGGAGACAAAGUUUCCUCUCUCGUCACUGAAGAGCUUCAGCUCGGAUUCGGAAAGUGUUCGCUGCAGGUCCAGAUUCCAGACCCCACCCUACCAGCUAACUCCACCAAAGGGAUCAAAUCUGUCGAGGAUCUCGUAGGCAAGAAGGUCGCAACAUCAUUCGACUAUCUCGCAGGCAAAUACUUUACCGAGCUCGAUGCAAAAGCAUCCUCCGCACAAGGCAAAAAAGUGAAAACACAAAUCGAAUACGUCGGAGGCUCAGUGGAAGCUGCUUGUGCUCUAGGAUUGGCCGAUGGAAUCGUCGACCUCGUAGAGUCCGGCGAGACAAUGCGCGCUUGCGGUCUUUCAGCUAUCUCCACCCUACUCACUUCUCAAGCUGUGCUGAUCAAGGCGACUACACCUCACCCGAGGAGUGAUACAGAGUUGAUCAAACUCAUCACUGCUAGAAUUCGCGGUGUUAUUGCUGCCUCCAAACACGUGCUCUGCCAAUACAACGUGCACAAGAAGGAUCUAGCAAAGGCACUGGAGAUCACGCCAGGAAGGAGAGCAGCAACGGUUAGCCCACUGGAAGAAAAAGAUUGGAACGCGGUAAGCUCGAUGGUGCUGAAAGCGAAUGUUGCGACGAUUAUGGACAGGUUGGAGGAGAUUGGAGCUAGUGAUAUCUUGAUUGUUGGUAUUAACAACUGCCGAGUCUAA